GCUUUAAGAUUUGCUGACCCAGUUGAUGUGACCUAAGAGACUGCUGUUUACUGCUUUACUUCUAAACACAAUUACUAACAAAGCAAUAAUACUGGUGCAUAAAAAGGGUGUCUCAGUCCCAUGGCCUAGUUUUACAAUUGAUCUGAGAAUGACUUAAUACCAGUUGCUUUAACCAGUUUAAAGGGACACACGCACGGAAAAGGAAGCACACGUCACGUAUACGCGUAGCAUGCAGGAAGUAAACAUUGACCUGGGCGUGUACAAUAACAAAAAUGUACUGGGCGUGUGCUAAUUACAAUUAUUAAUCAAUGGUUAAACCACGUGGAACUUAUUAUGGCUGCUCAUGCGACAAGAUCUAGCGCUGUGGAGGACGAAAGUAACCAUGGUGAAGGACAGAUAUUUUGUAGUUGUAAGGGCACUUGUUCACGUAAGAAAGGUAAGGGAUUUUGUCCCUGUAAAGCUGCUGGUGUCAACUGUAACAAUAGUUGUCUGUGUGGUAGGAAAGGGCCCUGUAAAAACAAGUUACAAGUUACUUCAGCUGCAACAGGAGUUACAGGACAUGCUGUAGACCAAGAUGAUGCUAUUGAUGAACAAAUCCAGCAAAUGGAUGAUUUUAUUGAUGGACUUUCAAGCCAAGACAGCAAGAAGCUAAUUAAAGAACUACUUUUGGGAAGGGGAGGUGUAGCACUAGCUCAAUCUUUACUGGAUCGUGAACCAUCAGAUCCUCACGAGCCACCUCAUCCACAUUACAUUCAACCACCAUGGUGUACAUGUGGCAAGUGCACGAUCAUGGACUCUGAGGAGGAACAUGUAUGUUGUAAAAGGCAAACUUGUAUCACCGUAUAUCGACACUUCUUUAAUAUAUGCUUGGACCAGCAAGUUCUUACAGUUGCAAUACACCAACGAUCAGACAUUCGUGCUGAAGACAUUUCUUAUUCACCAGAAAGUUUUAGGAAGGCAGCUUAUCGUCAAUAUAUAUUGUGGAAAUACAAAAAAUUGGGUAAAGGUAAUAGGCGUGUGUGUCCUUCUUGUGUUGUUAACUGCAUCAGAGAGUGGUAUCCAUCAUCUACAGGGCGUUACAUGGGGUUUAGAUCAGAAUAA